AUGUCCAACUCUGAUCACCUUCCGGAUUACCCGCUCCACUCGGAUUUAGUGAGGAGAUUAAAGUCUGCCCUGGACGCCAAGGAUGAGGAGAGGGUGAGCCACUUGAUCUGCACGGAAGUGGGGCACGUGGACGCCAUCAUAGAACUGGACAAUGAUGACUGGAUGAAGGACCCCGCGGCUCAGCUGCCCGUUGGCGCGCUCGUAGGAGAUCUGAGUCGUCUGCAGCAACUCAUGAACCGCUCCUUCCACGAUGCCAACGUGGUGUUUGAGAUCAAGAAGGAUGAGAUGGAGUGGCAGGUGACAUCCCCAGCCACAUUUGGACUGUCAGGCCUCUGGACCCUAGAGUACAAGCGCGAGCUCACCACCCCGCUGUGCAUCGCGGCGGCCCACGGCCACACCGCCUGCGUGCGCCACCUGCUCAGCCGCGGUGCAGACCCCGACGCCAGCCCAGGCGGCCAGGGAGCCCUGCACGAGGCCUGCCUGGGAAGCCACACGGCCUGCGUCCAGCUGCUGCUGCAGCACGGCGCCGACCCCGACCUGCUCAGCGCCGAGGGCCUGACGCCCCUGCACCUCUGCCGCGCCGCCGCCUCGCUCGGGUGUGCGCAAGCGCUGCUGGAGCACGGCGCCUCGGUGCACUGCGCGGGCGGCGCGGGCGGGGACACGCCGCUGCACGUGGCGGCGCAGCGCGGCCUGGACGAGCACGCGUGCCUCUACCUGGGUUGCGGCGCGCGCGUGGACUCGAGGAACGGGCGCGGCGAGACGCCCCUGAGCGCGGCGUGCGGCGCGGCGCAGAGGCCCGACGAGCACGCGCGCCGCCUGCGCCUGUGCGCGCUCCUGCUGCGGCGCGGGGCGGUGGCGGACGCGCGCGACGAGGACGAGCGCAGCCCGCUGCACAAGGCCUGCGGCCACGCGUGCCCGGGGCUGGCGCUCCUCCUGCUGCGACACGGCGCUGACACGGGCGCGCUCGACUACGGCGGGGCUUCGCCGCUGGCCCGCGCGCUGCAGACUGCCGCCUGCGCUCCUGAGCCCGGCCCGCAGCGCACGGUGCAGGCGCUGCUCAACCACGGCUCUCCGGCCGUGUGGCCCGAUGCCUUCCCCAAGGUGCUGAAGACCUGUGCACCGGCCCCCAGGGUUAUUGAGACUCUUUUCAACGCCUACCCUCAGCUCCGUGUGUCAGAGUCCUGGAGGGAAGUGAUUCCUGAGGAAGUAUUUCAGAUGCACCAGGCCUUCUACCAGUCCCUCUUGGCCUUGGCCCACAAGCCACGCUGUCUGCAGCAUCUUUGCCGCUGUGCCAUUCGGAAAUUAUUUGGCAAAAGGUGCUUUCACCUUGUGCCCCUGUUACCCUUGCCAAAGUCCCUGCAAGAUUACCUCCUUCUGGAACCAGAGGGUGUUUUGCACUGAAAACCAGAGUGUUGGGACUGAGGCUGUAGUUCGCACCGCUGCCCUCAGUGGAGGCCGUAUGUUGAGGACAGCACCGCGGGGAAGGGGGCAGACCCGGGUGGCACUACCCAUGUCCCCGCCUUGUGGAUGCACUGGCCUCCCUGAGCUUCAUGCUCACUUGGAAAUGGAAUGGGUCUUAAAAGGCCUUUCUGCCUCUCAGGGUCGCUUGUGAGGAUCAAGACUGCAGAUAUCAUAGUAUUUGUAUCAGAAAGUACUUCUCAACAGAAGUUGAACUAAAAAGUAUACACACAUCCCCUGUAGUUGGGUUAACAGACUGUCUGCCUCACAGGGGCGUCCCACUCCUCCUGGAGCCUGGCCACCUAGAAAGGCUCUGUCCCCAACACAUGACAGGUGUAUCUAUUGAGAGAGGACACCUGUUUCCGCAACAGGAGUGCCCUUCUGGAGCCCACUGGUGCUUCCCAGCACAUUACAGCCCAGAACUCCCUAAAGGACGUCGGAGGGGUGGCGAGCCCAACAUUGUGAUCCCAUGUGAGUCUUCCGACGCCCUCGCCAAACCCCAGGGGCCAGCAGCCCAGGAAGCCAGAUGCCAGGGACAGACAGGUUGCUAAAGAUAGCCAUCAGCCCAGCCUUAGCAUCGCAUAGCAAAAGAGAUGUUCCAAGGGUCAAGGACUUUAUGAACCAUCUCUUUCAUUUUCUGUAUUCUGGUGCUUUGAUAUCCAGGGCCUGGCUGACCUUGGAGGGACUGCUCCUCCCAGAGUCAGCCAGUUCCAGAGACAGCAUACAACUUACCCCGAGCAUGCUUUCCAAAUGCAAACCGACCAGUCCAGAGCUCACAUACACACCCCCAACCACCCCUUCUACUGGGCUGUCACACUCUGAGCUACCUUCCACCCGUCCUAACUAUCCGAGGGCCAGGUGCCAGAAAGAUAGGGACAGCCCUUAUUUAUAUCCCAGAGCCUGCUGAAACUAUUCAGACCCGCUGGUCCUAAGCCUGUCUAUCCUGCCUGGCCUGUUCCACCCAUGAAAACCACGACAAAGGCUUCUGUCCACAUCCCCUCCCCCAACUGCCUGAAUAAGCCUGUGUGUGCCCUUGUGACCCCACCCCAUGGUAUGAUGUGCCCCUUCUCUUGGGAAUGAUGAGUAAUAAACUAUCUUUUCAAUGGCAA